CCAAAUCGACAUUUACUAAGAAAAUGGCAAGUGUUACUCUCUGAAAGUAGUUUGAGUUUUUAAUGAUCUCAGGCAUGUUAUUAGUUUUCUGACAGCAGUAGUGUUUAUUAUCUGGUGUUUCUGCACAUUAAUAAUAUAUAUUAACCUUGUUAUCCUGUUGGUAUUGAUGGUUUCGUUCAAGUUUGUGGUUUGAUUUCUCCAUAGUUGUACUUGUCACGUGUGUUGUUGACGAGUCAAUGUGGUUACAGUCAGUUUGGCAUCUCACUCUGAUAGACUGCCUCAACAGCUAGAAAGUCCAAUGCAUAGUGCCUGUCAAUACAAUGGUCCACUGGUAGGGGAUGAUCCACAUAAUCACUGGGACAUCCACAAGUUAAUGUAAUGGUUCAUCAGCUGCACUAAACCUUUGCCAUUGCCUUGUCCCUGUUUAUUAGACCUUAAUUUCCUGAAUUUGGUUAAAAUACGCUCAACAAAAAUAUAAAUGUAACAUGCAACAUUUUUAAAGAUUUUACUGUGUUACAGUUCAUAUAAGGAAGUCAGUAAAUAAAAAUAAAUAAAUUAGGCCCUAAUCUAUGGAUUUCACAUGACUGGGAAUACAUAUAUGCAUCUGUUGGUCAUAGAUACCUUAAAAAAAUGGGACUCACAAUGGGGCCUCAGGAUCUCGUCACGGUAUUUCUGUGCAUUCAAAUUGACAUUGAUAAAAUGCAAUUGUGUUCAUUGUCUGUAGUUUAUGCCUGCCCAUACCAUAACCCACCACCACCAUGUGUCACUCUGUUCACAACGUUGACAUCAGCAAACCGCGUGCCCACAUGAUUCCAUACACGUGGUCUUUGGUUGGAGGUACUGCCAAAUUCUCAAAAAUUAUGUUGGAGGUGGCUUAUGGUAGAGAAAUUAACAUUACAUUUUCUGGCAACAUCUCUGGUGGACAUUCCUGCAGUCAGCAUGCCAUUUGCACCCUCCCCGAAAACUUGAGACAUCUGUGGCAUUGUGUUGUGUGACGAGACGGCACAUUUUAGUGGCCUUUUAUUGCCCCCAGCACAAGGUGCACCUGUGUAAUGAUCAUGCUGUUUAAUCAGCUUCUUGAUAUGCCACACCUGUCAGGUGGAUGGAUGAUCUUGGCAAAGGAGAAAUGCUCACUAACAGGGAUGUAAACAAAUUUGUGCACAAAAUGUGAGAGAAAUGUGUUUUUUGUGCAUAUGGCACAUUUCUGAUAUAUUUUAUUUCAGCUCAUGAAACAUGGGACCAACACUUUACAUGUUGCGUUUCAUAUUAUUGUUCAGUGUAGUAAUGCUGGUAAUUUAAAGGACACAACUGAAAUCUGUGUCUUAUUAACUGUAAGAACCUGAAGACUUAAUCACCAGCAACAUUCAAAUCCAAGGUCAGAGAUUAUUGUUGUUAUUACACCAAACAAUAGAUAGGCCAAUAUUGUGCCUGCAUAAAGGGAACAAUGUUCCACUAAUUAGAUAACUGUAACCUAUGACCUGAAUACCUUCAAAUAUUAUAUCUAAAGAAAGAUGAUGACUGUAAAGUCUUUAUCCAGACUCCAAUGUAAGAGUAAUCUAGUUUGUACAACACACACAUGGACCUUUAUACAAUCUCAGAGAUCUGAAAAUCACAUUCACACAGAUUCAAUGAGGAAGUAUGGGGUGCAAAAAUAAAGUAUUUAUCUAUCAUUGUAAGUUUAUACCGUUCUUUAAUGUUUUUAAGUGGAGCGCCAGCCUAGCACCCUAACAGGAAAUGAGAAGUGAGCACCCACACAGGAAGUGUGGCCAAGCACUGUCCCGGAUGUUGGUUAUGUGAUGUGAGUAGACUAUUGACAAAAAGGCUGAGAGACUGAAAGAGAGAAAUGGAGUGAAAGUUUAAAUAGAGGGAAUAGGAGGUAUAUGAACCCUUUUCCGUGUCAUCCUUCUUUUUAUGACAGUGCAAUUCUGAAGACUAGAGGCUUAGUAUGAGGCUUCACAUGAAUUGUUACAAAAAUGCUGUGUUUAUAUCAGGUAGUGUCCUUGAUAUGGAUCAACAACAUACUACUGUAUAUCUUCACUGAUAUCCUCAGGGUCGGUCCAUGGACCAUGACCUAUACAUGUACAUCAUGGUAGCUCAAGUUGAUGGUUAGCAGUAGACAUGAAUAUUUAGGAUACAGUGAAACCGCUCACACCCCCACCAUCUGGCUCUCACUCUCUAUUUCUCUCCAUCUAUGCUCUCCAACUUCUCUCUCUUUCUGUAAAGGCUGCUCUUCUGUGGUCAGGAAGUAAAUGCGCCUCUGUAAUGUUUCAGCAAAAGUCAUUGCAAAGCACAUCCGCUGUGCCACGCCAAAAGACAGAGAAGUAAACAGGGUUUAUAAAACAACCUCUUCCUUAAAAUAUAUUAACUGGAUAGUGUUUGGUAUACAGAAGUGAAUGGUGAGUGUUGGCUUACAUUUUAAUAUGUUUAAGAGACACUGUUUGUCAUUGAACUGUGCCUAUUCGUGUAUGAUGUGUGAGAGUGACAUGAUUUACCGCUGGUCUAAAUUUUAGGAUGUUGGCUUUCGGUCAAUUGAAAGAGUGUUAAUCUCACACCCUAGUCCAUUUUUUUUUUUUUUUUAUAAUACAAUUUACAAAUUUAAAUUUCACACUGUAAUAUUCUUGAUAUAUGAGUCAGGUAGGCAGUGUUGAGGAGUAGAUUUUAGCCUGCAGAGUAGUAUUUCCUCCUGGAUUUACUGUAACUGUUUAGAUUGGAUUUCAUUUGGCAGAUGACUCAGUUUACCACAUAUGUUUAUUUAUAAACAAGUGCCAGAAUGAUUGAUCUCCUCAAUGUGUACUUAAAGAGAACCCGUCUUUAGCUAAACAUAUUGUCUUACUGAUUUAUUUUCAUUUGAACAUUAGCCCUUUACAAACACUACUUGUUUGACAUUACUGUGGGAAUUUAUGAGCGAGUCACUUGUUAGUUUGAAUGGAUGUAUGUAUGUUUUGCCAUAUUUUAUUGUACAUGAAUGUUCUUGCUUUACGGGCCUCGUGCACAUAACUAGGGCAGCACCGGAAGCUAACCAACCACAUGAGUCAACCAUGACAGCAUCACUUUGACCUAAUUCCAAGAUGGAUGCCCUGCCCAGCACAGGAAGGAACAAGACUAAACUAAGUUGAGACAUAUCUCUCUGAUUAGGACUGAGUGAAGAGAGAGGUUAUGGAGGGGUCUAGGGUGCGCUCUCCUCUCCCAGACCUCAGGGAGCCAGACAGCCAGACAUGGCCCAAUAUGGAUCUCCCACUACAGAGCAGGCCACUGGAGGAGGCUAUUGGGUGGAGAGAGAUGGAGGAGCAAGUGAACCAGAUGGACAGGGAGGAAGAGGAUAACUCUCAUCAGACUGGAAGGACUGAGGAGCCAGAGGAGCACUGGGAUUCCAUGACUUUACCUGUGCACCCCAUGAUCCAUCCCAGUGUCCCUCUGUCCUUUGCCACGGUGCAGUGGGACAUAACCGACCCCUCCCCUGACAUGCCCUACCCCAUGACUGACAACAGCUCAGCCGAUGAGCUGGACUCCAGUGGAGCGGCCAGUCUGGACUGGACUGUGAGUCCCCUGUCCCACCACCACCAGCAGCAGCAACAUCAAACCUGUGUGACAGGAAUCAACAUAGAGCUGUCUGUCCAGGAGAAGACACAUAAUCACAACGGACCGGAGCAACAGCUGCCUUUGGACACAGACCAGAGUGAAAGCUCCCCUCGGGCAUGUGAUACACCACGGCCAUAUGUGGAGGAGCAUGCAGCACACACACAGGAAGUGGAGGCUUCAGCACAAGACCUAUUUGAGGACCAUGGGAGAUGCCCAUGGCCAGAGGAAGGGAUAGGACAGUCUGUGACAGAGGAGACUAUCACACCCUCUGACAUAGAUCCUAGCUCUGUACAGACAGGAGAGUCCGAGACUAGGCCGGAUAGUGAGAGUUUAGGCUCUGUGCCGGGAGAGAAACAGGAACUAGUCCUGACUAUACAGAUCAACCCAGAGCAAGGAUCCAGCUCUACGGACUAUGAGGAGAAGGAGGAGGAGCAGACUGUGACUAAUUUAUCUUAUAAUGGAGAUUGUGACGGGCAGACAGAACAGAUAGGACAGUCAGAGGGGAGGGAACAGUCGAACAGUGAGGAGGAAUCGGAGAUGAUAGAACUCUUAGAGCACCUGCUUGAGCCAGCUGAACAGAAAGAACAGUCAAUAUUCUCAGAGAAGUCUGAACACAGUGGGCAGUCAGAGCCUAACCACACAGAACAGAGUGAAUACGGGAACAAUACCGAGACAACAGAGCAGCCAGAAGAUUCUGAGAAACUUCUAGAGUCUGACCAGGUAGAGCAUUCAAAUCAGUCAGGGAAGGAAGAACAACAAACUGAAGAGGCCCAUUUACAACAUGCAGAACAGUCAGAAGUGACAGACCAGUCAGAACAAUCAAAAGAAUCAGAGCAGACGCAACAGCCAGAACAGACAGAAUGUUUAGAAUCAAAACAGACACAACAUUCUGAGCAAACUAUGCACUCAGAGCAGACAAACUUUUCAGUGCAGGCAGAACCACAAACAGAACCGUCACAGCAGACGGAACACUCUGAAGAUUCUGAGCAGUCAAAACAAUCAAGGGAGAUGGAGCAGACGGAGCAGUCCGAGCAGACGGAACAGUCAGAGCAGACGGAGCAGUCCGAGCAGACAGACAACAAACCAAUACAUUCAAAGCAGUUAGAAGAAUUACUUUUCCUUUGCACAGAGGAGCUUGAACAGACAGAGCAGUCAGACCAGACAGAAGACCAGAAACACUCAGGGGCUGAACAGCCAGCGCAGACUGCACUGACUGAGUCGACAGAAGAGCUUGAGCAGACAGAGCAGGUAGAACAAUUGGAACAGAAAGUUUGUACAGAGGAUUCAUGUUUGCCGCCCAGGGAAGGAAGUGGAGAGCAACUGGAGUCUCAGGUACAGCAGACAAAGGUCUCAGAACCAGUGGUGGUCCAUAUGAAUGGUGGAGGUUUGGACAGGGAGAGGGCCUGCAGGCUGGCUGAAAGACUCUACAGGCUGGACGGGAUCUACAAGACAGAUGUGGUCAAACACCUGGACAAAGACAAUGACUUUAGCCGAGCCGUUGGUGAGGAGUACCUGAAGUUCUUUGACUUCACCGGUCAGAGUCUGGACCAAGGCCUGAGGUCUUUUCUGAGGGUGGUGGUGCUUAUCGGUGAGACCCAGGAAAGAGAGCGGGUGCUGCAGCAUUUCUCCUGUCGAUUCCAGCAAUGCAACCCUCACACCUUCUCCUCUUCCGGAGAAGUACUCACACUCACCUGUUCUGUGAUGCUCCUGAACUCUGAUCUGCAUGGACAGAAUGUGGGCAAACCCAUGUCUGUGUCCAGCUUCGUGUCCAACCUGGAUGGGAUGAAUGAGGGUGAGAACUUCAGUAAGGAGCUGUUGAAGGCUCUCUACAACUCCAUUAAGAAUGAGCCUCUAGAAUGGGCAGUUGAUGAGAAGGAACUGAAGAGCUCCAUGUUGUUGGCGGAGGAUGCUAAAGAGGACGCACCCCUGCGCUCCAAGAGCAACCCGUUCCAAGAUGUGCCGCAUGACAAGAAGGCCACAGUGUUCAAACAGAGCUUCCUCAAACGCAAGGCCCACGCUGACAUCGAUGGCAAACGCACUCCUUGGGGGAAGAGAAGCUGGAAGAUCUUCUAUGGAGUGCUGAAGGGAAUGGUCCUCUACUUACAGAAGGAUGAGUACACGAUGGAGUGGCAGAGUACAGAGGAGGUGGUCAGUGUGCACCAUGCCCUGGCAGAGCAGGCAGCAGACUACACUAAGAGACCACACGUCUUCCGCCUGCAGACCGCUGACUGGAGGGUCUUCCUCUUUCAGGCCUCCUCCACAGCAGAGAUGAUUUCAUGGAUUAGCCGUAUCAACCUGGUGUCAGCCCUACACUCCUCUCCACCCUUCCCUGCUGCCGUGGGCUCUCAGAGGAAGUUCUGCAGACCCAUCCUGCCAGCCUCGCAGUCUGCACACACACUGGAGAGACAGCUACAGUCCCAUGCAGGCAUGCUGGAGUCCUUCCAGGAAGACCUGGCCUACCUGCAGCAGAGUCUCCCUGACGGGCGCAGGGCCAAAGCCAAGGAGAUGGAGGAACACAGAGUCAGAGAGGAGUACCUGCAGCAUGAGAUAUGUCGCUACGAGGCCUACAUCCAGAUGCUGGAGGUCUGGAAGGGUUUGAACCAGUCAACCGAGACUGAGGUGGGAACCAGUGAGCUCAACCUGUUUGACAGAGCUGUGUGUAAGGACACAGUGGAUGAGGAAGGGGAGGAGGGAACCCUGAAGAAGUCCCACUCCAGCCCCUCCUUGGAUCUGGAGAUGGCCUCGCAACCCGUGGUCAAAGUUAAACGCAACAUCUCGGAGAGACGGACCUAUCGCAAGAUCAUCAUACCGAGACGCAACCAGGACAUAUGAGGGCAGGUGUCCAAAAGUGAGACACAUAUAACUCUGACAUGACUUUUCAAUGGCUUUUUUUAGGACAGGGACAGUGUGUUACUUCCAAGCACUGUCCUUUUUAAGUUUUCAUUUUCAGCUUGCACUUAUUCAGCAAGAAGGCAAAGGUCAAUAAAACAGAAUGCCUCCCUUUAGGGAACUUGCUUGAGUCCUUUUGUUUGUUACAUUCUCUCUUCAUAAGAUAAAAGUAUUUUAGUUCA